CCGAGAAAUAGCUGGUGGGAGUCACUGAAGAGGGUGGAACGGCCAGAGGGAUACCGUAGGAGAGAGGGGAAUGUAGAAACGUGGAAGGAGAAAAGCUGUUGGAAAAACGAGAAGGUGAAUGUGAGGGAAGAAGCAAGACGAUAUGGAGAAAUAGAGAUAGUGAAUCAGGAAGGGAAACGCGUGACGUGGCGUCUAGAAUGAAAGAAAGAGAUGAAAAAGGAAGAAAGACAACUGCUGGCAAGGCUAUUUCAAGAAAGAGAGACGACUAAGAAAGUAGGGGAGACAAUGGAUAAGAGAGAGAUAGUGAUACAAUGCUUCGACGCGAGAAAGAGAAAAAUAUACAGAAGGUGGAGAUGGAAAAGCCUUUGUGGGGGAGGAAGCGAAAAAUAAGGCGCGUAACGGGAAUCGGAACGAGACGGAUAGCCCGAAUUCUGAACAAGAGCGAAAUGGAUGACAUGCGAAGAGGGGAUAUCACCUGGGAGGGAGAGAGAUGCGCCGGGAUGAAACCGGGAGGGUGCAACUGGUGAAAGUGGAAGGAGUGGAAGGCGAGCGGCUAGGGGAAGAGGGAGAGAGGCACGCGACGACAUCUCACCUGUUUAUCAACCCGCCAGUCUGGUUUACGCGCCCGGUCAUCCGCAGACUCUACAAGUGGCUAUUCCACUUCGAUUCUCGCACGAACGCGAACUCGUUCGCCUAUGAUUCUUCGUCGUGAUUUACCCCGAGGAAACUAGAAAUAUUCAUAGAUCGCGGAAAUACGUGUGGUUUACGUUUGAAAGACGAUACGUCGUGUUACGACUUGCCUCAACGGAUCUUGCUUUCUCAAUUACUCCUUCUCACCUUCGUUGGUGAACAUCUGCGUGACGAUGAUUGCCUCGUGCCAUUGGCACGAGCCGAAACAUCGAGACUGUGCAAUAUCUUAAGUACCCGACGAAGUACGAUGACUCCUGCGGCAAGCAGAAAUCUCUCGGGAGAGUCUCGAAAAGUAUCUGACGAGAAGUCACAAAUGGCCGUAGUCGAGAAUCGAUAUUGCGACGCGACGAACUACCGUAAAAGUUCCCGAGGUCGGAGAAUCUUCGUUCACAACGAGCCAGCCGGUGAGCGAUAUCUAGUCAACCCUCCACGAGAUCGAUGCCUAUAAAUUUCAAGGCGCAUCGCAAAGGGCAUUUUGGUCCCCAAGAGUGAGACACAAAAAGAUUUGAGGAAGAAGCGACGAUGACACGCUCGAUCGCUUGAAAAAUCAGUGUCAGCACUCACGCAGAAAACGACGAGAGAAACAUCGCAUCAACGAUAAAAAUGAGCUUCUUCAGCUCCCUGCAGGAAUACGUGACGAACAGCGUGGCUAGCUUUAGCUUAAGCCCAAAAAGGUUCUCAUUCAGUCGCGAGGAUUCGAAAGGUGAUGCCAGCGGGACCGGAAGAAGUAGUUCUACCGGAAGUGUCACCUCGACGACCAAUACGAGUACAGCCGUAACUCAGCAAGCUACGCCACAUGGCUUUCCCAAGGUUGUACCACCGCCAGGAACCGUUACGUCAUCGCACACGCGCUCUCUUUCAGCACGUAGACGCACUCUCGAGUGCACUCCAGCUUCGGGGUUGACGGUACAUCCCGCGACAGGAAGUGGUGCCACAUCGCCAAGGCGAGUUGGUUCCUUUCGACGGAGCGGUGGAUCUAGCGAUCGACCGCAUCUUGUGUUCUGCCGUCGUAGACCAUCCUGGCCAGAGGUCGACAUACAGGCCACUUCCGGAGUUCAAGAGACAGAUGGAUCCUUCUUUGAAAGUUUCACUGCGUUAUCCUGGAAACAGGAGAACCGAAGGCUUGUUGUCCUUCAAGAAGUGGAAGCAAGAGCCAAGGAACCGCCACCGCCGUCCAGAGACUCGAAUUUGACUCCGCAACCUUAUCGCUUUAGUAAAAAAGAGAUGGAACAAUUGUAUAUAGAAGUUCUUUACACAAUUGCAAACACUGUGGGUGCCAGUACAGGACAAUACGCUCAUUAUAAAGAAGACCUGUAUCGAUACGCCCAAGAAGCCUUCGGAGUCCCGCAGGAUCAGCAUCGACGAUAUCUUAAUAUUGCUUCGGAAGAAAAGCCACCUAUUGUUGUGCUAAGCGUAGUGGUAAUCGAAGCCGAUGGGCUCGAAGCAAAGGAUGUCAAUGGAUUCAGCGAUCCUUACUGCAUGCUGGGAAUACAACCCGGCAAUGCAGGUGCACCACUGAGCCCCCAAACAAAUUUAACGGCGCAUUCGCCACACACACCUCCGGCAUCUCCGAGGCAAGCAACUCGCGCUCUUUCUGACGGCGGUGAGAUCGAAAAUUCCCAUCAUGAGAAACUUCGAAAACAUCACAGGUAAGUUGAUGUAUGAGGACGCGAAAGAAUCGAUUAAUUCAAUUAAGUCUUAUGCCGCAAAAAUAACGUAAAUACGCAAACGUUUUGUUUAAAACUGUGUUAUAAUUUCUGCAGUCUUUGCCGAUUGAUUAUUAUAAUUAGGAACGAUGCGAGAUAAUAUGAGCAAGUUUUAUUACAAUUAGCAUAGGACGUUUAGCAGAUUAGACUAAUCUGGUUACAGAUGUUGUGUUAAUCUAAACUAAAUAAAACUACUUCUGCUCAUA